AUGGUUUUCGCACUGUGUGUCAUUGGCUUCGAUGCAUAUUAUAUCGUCUCUCCAUCGACAUGCUUUUUUCCAUCGAGCGUAUGCAACAGUUCGGCAUCGACACGUGGUCUCUUCUAUUCUGAUUAUAAUUUUACCUAUAUCAAAAUACCACUAAUCAAAGCACAGUUAGCAGUUGGUGUGCUCAUGUUUCUCUUGUGUGUCGCGUAUGUGAUAAUCUACAUAGUGACCAGCGCACGAGUUCAUCGGGCUAAAUAUCCCAAACUCGUUUAUCCACAAAUACAAAAUCAACUGAUGACACCAGGUGCUGUUCUAAACACGGCUUUACCCACUCAGCCAAUGCCCACAUAUCCUACACAGUUCCCUCACUACCCUUCCACGUUACCUGGUUAUCCUUUUCCUACGAGUAUCUAUCCACCACCAGCACUACUGAUCAAUGGCGAAAAUCGCGUUACUGAACUCGCAUGUCCAACAUGUAAAACAAUGAUGAACAUGACAGCAACGAAACGACCACCUGCAUGA